GAGGGGGAGGGGCCGGGGCGGGUCACGUGACGCGCGGGAGAAAUGGCGGAUGGAGAGCGAUCCCCUUUGCUGCCGGUGGAAGGGGGGGGAGCUCAGGGGGCGGAGCCUGCAGUGCCACUUCCGGUGGAAGCCCCGCCCCCGCUGGAGGAGCCGGAAGUGCCGGGCCCGGCGGUCACGUGCCGCGUGUGCCAAAGCGCCAUCAGCGUGAGGGGAAAGAGCCAUCAGCACGUGGUGAAGUGCGGGGCGUGUGGGGAGGCGACGCCCAUCCGCACGGCGCCCGGGGGGAAGAAAUAUGUGCGUUGUCCCUGUAACUGCUUAUUGGUGUGUAAAGCCUCGUCCCAGCGUAUCGCCUGUCCCCGGCCUUACUGUAAACGCAUCAUCACACUGGGCCCAGUCCCGGGCGACGCCCCCAGCCCUGACCCCGCCCCUCCCGGGGGCCUCCGAGUCGUCUGCGCCCACUGCGGGGGUCCCUUCCUGUGGUCGGAGCUCCCGGAUCGGACGCUCGCCCGCUGUCCCCAUUGCCGCAAGGUGUCGGCCAUUGGGCGGCGGUUUCCACGGCGACGCUGUCUCUGCUGCCUCAUUCUGGCGCUGGUGAUGGGCGGAGCCUCCGUGGGGCUGGCGGUGGGGUGCUGGUGGCUGCGUGCCGGGGCCCUCCACGCGCUGUGGGCGGCGCUGGCGGUGGCCGCGGGGGGGUGUUUGGCUCGAGCCGCCUGGUGGGGCCGCGUCCGCGUCAGCGCCUCCGGAGGAAACGCCUGAAAAGCCCUGCGGUCACGUGACCCGGCGGCCAUCUUUCCCCCCCAUCCGGGGUCAUGUGAUCGCCGGCGGAGCACGUCGGGGUCUCAGGAGGGCAGUGGGAACCGGGAUGGAUGCGCUGGGGUCAUGUGACCUGGAUCGGACAUGCUUGGGUCAUGUGACCUCUAUUGGACGCGCUGAGGUCAUGUGACCUGGAUUGGACACACUGAGGUCAUGUGACCUGGAUUGGACACAUUUGGAUCAUGUGACCUCUAUAGGACACAGUUGGGUCAUGUGACCUCUAUCAGACACGCUUGGGUCAUGUGAUCUGGAUUGGACAUACUCGGGUCAUGUGACCUCGAUCGGACACGCUUGGGUCAUGUGACCUCUAUUGGACACACUCGGGUCAUGUGAUCGCCAUUGGACACACUUCAGUCAUGUGACCUUGGUGGGACACGCUUGGGUCAUGUGACUUCUAUUGGACACACUUGGGUCACGUGGUCAUCAUUGGACACACUUGGGUCAUGUGACCUCCACUGGACAGGCUUGGGUCAUGUGAUCAUCAUUGGACACACUUGGGUCAUGUGACCUCUGUUGGGCUCUUUUUGGUCAUGUGACCUCAAUCGGACACACUCGGCUCAUGUGACCUCUA